ACACACAGUGUUUUCUUCUCUAACAAAAAAAAUUAAAAAAUGGCGGAAAUGACAGAUGAUAUAGCAGAGGAAAUAUCGUUACAAGGGUUUGAAGAUGACUGCAGAUUACUCGGAAACCUACUCAACGAUGUUCUUCACAGAGAAGUCGGCCCUGAAUUCAUGGAAAAGCUCGAAAAAACCAGAGUCCUCGCUCAGAGUGCAUGCAAUAUGAGGACAGCUGGCAUUGAAGACACAGCAGAACUUCUCGAGAAACAAUUGGCCGCAAUGCUGUCGAAAAUGACCCUCGAGGAAGCGCUAUCUCUCGCCCGAGCGUUCAGUCAUUAUCUAAACCUAACCGGAAUUGCAGAAACUCAUCACCGAGUAACGAAAGCGCAAAGCUCUUCACAAUUAUCGAAGUCGUGUGACGAUACUUUAAAUCAGCUUGUGCAGAGUGGUGUUUCCCCGGACGAACUAUAUAACACGGUUUGCAAGCAGGAAGUUGAAAUUGUCCUUACAGCACAUCCCACGCAAAUAAAUAGACGAACAUUGCAGUACAAACACAUCAGAAUCGCGCAUCUUCUAGAAUAUAAUGAUCGGCCCGAUCUUGGUCAUGAAGAUCGAGAAAUGUUGAUCGAAGAUCUGGUAAGAGAGCUUACUUCGAUAUGGCAAACGGAUGAGCUAAGGAGGCACAAGCCUACUCCGGUUGAUGAAGCUAGAGCCGGUCUAAAUAUCGUAGAACAAUCACUCUGGCGAGCUGUACCUCAUUACUUACGUCGUCUCAGCAUUGCUCUAAAGAAGCAUACUGGAAAACCGCUACCUCUAACAUGCACUCCGAUAAAAUUCGGCUCUUGGAUGGGUGGCGAUCGAGAUGGAAAUCCCAAUGUGACAGCAAAGGUCACAAGAGAUGUGUCACUUUUAUCGAGGUGGAUGGCUAUCGAUCUCUAUUUAGGAGAAGUUGAUAACCUCAGAUUCGAACUCUCGAUGAACCAAUGCGACGUGAAGUUAAAGAAACUGGCUCGUGAAAUAUUAGAAAAAGACAAGUUAUUGGAAGAUAGGCAUGAAAAUCGGAGUCCUCGAUCGGAUUGGGGUCAGUAUAAGAGCCACAACAGCAAUCAUCCGCCGCCUCUCCCGUCACAGCUUCCACCUGGCGCUGGAUUACCCUCUUGUGCAGGUAAUGACGUUAAACACUACCCUCGACUGGAUCUUCCUGGAUCAGAAUUUAUGCCGUUUCAUCGCGAGGAUAGUCAGGAUUCUUUGAUAUUCAAAGAUUCUACGCACGAUACCAAAAAAGAUUCCGUCAAGACAAACGGAGACAGCAAUCUUGAUAAUAGCAAUAAUACUAACAAUUCAGGAAAUAAUGCUCCGUCAGCUUUGACACCAUCGUUUAGUUCGUCUCAACUCUUAGCUCAGAGGAAACAAUUUGCCGAAUCUCAGAUCGGUAGGACCAGUUUCCAGAAGCUUCUAGAACCUAGCUCGUCUCACGAACCUGGAAUUGCUCCUUACAGAGUUGUUCUAGGCGACGUCAAAGAAAAGCUAACAAAGACACGUAAACGGCUGGAAAUUCUUCUCGAAGACCUUCCCUGUGAAUAUGAUCCACGAGAUUAUUACGAAACUUCCGAACAGCUUCUAGAACCUCUUCUACUCUGCUACAACUCACUGCAAUCGUGUGGGUCCGGGAUUUUAGCCGAUGGCCGAUUGGCUGACCUAAUCAGACGAGUUGCUACUUUCGGAAUGGUGCUAAUGAAACUCGACCUUCGUCAGGAAUCUGCUAGACAUUCGGAAACGCUCGAUGCAAUAACGCAAUAUUUAGGAAUGGGUACUUAUAGUGAUUGGGAUGAAGAUAAGAAACUCGAUUUUCUGACAAGAGAGCUAAAAGGGAAGCGGCCGCUAGUUCCUCCAACUAUACAGGUUGCGGCCGAUGUUAAAGAAGUAUUGGACACGUUCAGAGUAGCUGCUCAAUUGGGAAGCGACUCACUUGGAGCAUACGUUAUAUCUAUGGCCUCCAAUGCUAGCGAUGUGCUGGCGGUGGAGCUUCUGCAGAAAGAUGCUCGUCUGGCUGUUUCUGGUGAACUAGGAAAACCGUGCCCCGGUGGAACGCUGAGGGUUGUUCCUCUCUUCGAAACUUUGAAAGACUUGAGAGAAGCGGGCCCCGUUAUCCGUAAGCUAUUAUCGAACGACUGGUACUAUGAACAUAUUGUUAAGAACCAUAAUGGACACCAAGAGGUGAUGGUGGGAUAUUCCGACUCGGGUAAAGAUGCUGGCCGUUUUAGUGCUGCAUGGGAACUUUACAAAGCUCAAGAAGAUGUUGUAGCUGCAUGCAAUAAGUACGGAAUAAAGAUUACUCUAUUUCACGGUCGAGGAGGAAGUAUCGGGCGUGGUGGCGGGCCCACACAUCUAGCCAUUCAGUCACAGCCACCUGGCUCUGUUAUGGGUACCCUAAGAUCAACCGAACAAGGAGAAAUGGUGCAAGCAAAAUUCGGGUUACCCCAAAUCGCCGUCCGUCAGUUAGAAAUCUACACGACAGCUGUCCUUCUCGCAACCUUAAAACCACCAAAGCCACCAAAGGAGCAAAAAUGGCGCAACCUAAUGGACGAAAUCUCCAAGAUAAGCUGCACCACUUAUCGAAACACAGUCUACGAAAACCCACAAUUCCUCGCGUACUUCCAAGAAGCCACCCCACAAGCCGAGCUAGGCUGUCUCAACAUAGGAAGCCGGCCCACAAGAAGAAAGACCUCAACGGGAAUCGGUCACCUACGCGCUAUCCCAUGGGUGUUCGCAUGGACCCAAACCAGAUUCGUCCUACCCGUUUGGCUCGGAGUCGGGUCGGGUCUAAAGGGCAUCUGCGAAAAGGGUCACGGUCAAGAUUUACGAGCCAUGUACAGGGAGUGGCCGUUUUUUCAGUCGACGGUUGACUUGAUAGAGAUGGUUCUUGGAAAAGCGGAUAUACCUAUUGCUAAGCAUUACGACGAGGUUUUGGUGUCUGAAAGUAGACAAGAACUUGGGGCGGAGCUUAGGAGAGAGCUUUUGACGGCGGAAAAGUUUGUGCUUUUGAUAACCGGACAUGAAAAGUUGUCGGGAAAUAAUCGGAGUUUGAGGAAGCUGAUUGAGAGCAGGCUUCCAUACUUGAAUCCGAUGAAUAUGUUGCAGGUCGAGAUAUUGAAGAGGUUGAGAAGAGACGAUGAUAAUAAUAAACUGAGGGAUGCCUUGCUUAUUACUAUAAAUGGGAUUGCUGCUGGCAUGAGGAAUACCGGUUGAUCGAAAAUUAUAUGGAAGAAAAAUAUUUAUUAUUUUUCUAAAUUUUGCAGUUUUUUUUAGGACCAGAUCCCAUGUUAUUUUUGUCGACCGGCUUGAUUUUUGGGAGUGAUGAGUAGUUUUUAGUAUGCAGAAACUCUUUCAGAUAUAUAUCUUGACUGAGGAACUAAGCUAUAUUGUUCUUUUGAGCAUUGUGUAUUGAAAUAUCUUGUUUUUCUACAUUUGAUUUGCUUCUCACUAAGGAUUUAUGCUCCAUUAUAUUGUAUAGGAAUUAAAAUCAGAUGGAUCGGAUCGUAAUUAGCACUUUCGGGAGAAAAAAAAACAUCCAAUUUGUUUCGCAAUUACGGAAAUUGGAACCAAAAAAUUUGAUCCGAAAUCGUAAUUUUUCGGAUCGGAGUCGGUGGAAUUCGGAAUUUUCAAAUUUUUAGUCACCUAUAAUGUAAUAAGUUAAUUCUGUUUUUUUUGGCAUUUUCUAAAAUUAAAACCGGAUCGGAAAUCGGAAUGUAAUAAUUAUUCCAAUUCUGUUAAAAAAUCGGAAAUCGGUGGAAUUUGGAAAAUCCGUUACAAUUUCCACGCUUAGUAUUAUACGAGCAUAGUUCUAUGCUAAGCAUCUGAUGCAGCAUCUGAUCAAGAAAAAAAGAGGGCCUUAGAGCAGAGUUAUUCCAAUUUCUUGGAUGGCAUUUGUUGCAAACAGUUCAUCUGUUAUGCAAUCCACAUAACCUAAAACCUAUAUAAAUAGAGACACGAUAACGGGAAUAAAAACACGAGAUCAUCGAUCAAGGCAGAACUUUAAGGUUUUCUUUAGAAUUAAAAAAAAAAGAUGGCAUCAUUCAAAGCUGAGAAACCUCAAUCAAUUGGCUCGGCCAAGAAAGAGCCUGCAAAAGGCCCCGUCUCCAAACAGGGCCCACCGAAGCCUCGGGAGCCUAGGAAGAAGGUAUCCGGGGCGAAGCCAGGAGGGAAGAAAUGAGAUUUAGGGUGAAGUUCGAGUAACUCUCUGAAGCAGCAUACUUAUGGUUUUUUCAAGUUUUAUGAAUGUUAUGAUUAUUAUUAUAUGGAGUGUUUUGCAUGUGAUUAUGUAACCGUUUUUCGUCGAUGGCUUAGCCUAAUAAAACGAUGAUAUUAUGUAGUUAAAAGAAGUGAAAAUGUU